AUGUAUCCGGACGAGAGAGUUUCCGUGGACGCGCUCAAAAGCGGAGUCGCAGACAUGAAGCGAACGGAGAAGAAGGUUCCAGCGAUCAACGAAGGGAGGGAACAAGAAGAGGAAGAGGACGAACCGAAGGGACAGGUUAUCGUGAAAUCCGAUUGGGAUGACGAGGAUGACGACACAGAGAAAGAGAGGAAGAAGAAGAAGAAGCAGGUUUGUUCGCACCUGAAUAAAGGUAAUUUAGCACACAUUGAAAGCUGAUCGUUUUCAGUCAUUGUUCCCGGAUCACUCGAAAGAACUGGAAAUAGACACGGAAGAGUUGGGGAAGAUUGACGGAAAGGAAGAGGAAGAUCAGCAGACCCUCGGCUACAAGAAGUAUCAAUUCAACGGACUGCUCAGUGACCGUAUCGGAUCCAGACGCAAGAUCAAGGACUCCCGGAACUCCCGAUGCUCGGCCCUUCAGUACGCGGAAGACCUGCCGGCCGCAUCCGUAGUCGUCUGCUAUUUCAAUGAAUCACCGUCCGUCCUCAUCCGAAUGGUCAAUUCGAUACUGGACAGAACGAAAGCAGAACACAUAAAGGAGAUUCUUCUUGUGGAUGAUUCUAGUCAGUGGCCGAAUGCCACCGAAGAGGCAAAAAAGUACAAAGAAUCUCAUGGAGUCGCGUGGAACAGUGUCAAGUUUGCGAGGACUCAGAAGAACGAAGGACUCAUCAGAGCCAAGAUCUUCGGAGCCAAGAGAGCCGUGGGCGAGGUAUUGGUAAGUGUCGCAUCUACCGUAAUCCUUUCCCAAUCCCUCACUUCUCGCAGGUGUUUCUCGACAGUCACUGCGAAGUAAACGAGGACUGGCUGCCGCCGCUUCUCGAUCAAAUCAAACAGAAUCGUCGUCGCGUCGUCUGUCCGAUCAUUGACAUUAUCGACGCGAUCAACAUGAAAUACGUGGAAUCGCCAGUGUGCACGGGCGGUGUCAAUUGGGCGAUGACGUUCAAAUGGGACUAUCCGCACAGAUCCUACUUUGACGAUCCGAUGAACUACGUGAAUCCGUUGAAGUCGCCCACUAUGGCCGGAGGUCUUUUCGCCAUUGACAAGGAAUAUUUCUUUGAAAUUGGAAGCUACGACGAGGGAAUGGAUGUGUGGGGCGCCGAGAAUGUGGAGAUCAGUUUCAGAGUGAAUUCAUUUCCAAUGUUUUUUUCCAAGGAAUGUUUUCUAGAUUUGGACGUGUGGCGGUGAGCUUCUGAUAAUGCCAUGCAGUCGGGUUGGGCACAUAUUCCGGUACGAUCAUUUAUUAUUUCCGUUAUGAAAUUCCUCGAUAAAAUUUUCCAGAAGACAACGCCCUUACGGUCUUAAAAACGACUCGAUGGGCAAGAAUUCAGUGCGCCUGGCGCGUGUCUGGCUCGACGAAUACCUCGAAAACUUCUUCGACGCGCGCCCCUCUUACCGUACUUUCACCGAUUACGGCGACCUUUCCUCUCGGAUCGCUCUGCGGAAUAACCUGCAAUGCAAGCCGUUCAAAUGGUACCUUGAGAAUAUCUACCCGGAACUGUUGCCCGAUAACACUCCAAACCAGCUGGACGACAAGAUUCUGGUGCCCGGCAAGAAGUACCUGGUGAAGGUGGCGAAUGGAACGCACUGUUUGAGUGCGGAGAACUCGCAGGGCCGGAUCGCGAACGGGAACCGCGUCGAGAUGCGGAAGUGCAAUCAUUCGGAGCGGAUGCAGCAGUGGAAGUACUCGCAGACGGGCGAGCUGCGGCCGAUGGGCUCCUCGCGAAUGUGCAUGGACUCUCUGCGGGGGAUCAGUGUCAUUCUGUGCCACAAUCAGGGAGCACACCAGAAUUGGCAAGUGUCGGUCAGUCGCAGGCAGGCGCCGGAGCAUCUGAAUAACUGGGAUUCGUUUCAGAAAAGUGGAAAACUCUUCAAUAAAGCGGUGGGCAAAUGCGCGUCCGGAACGGACGAGACCAUGGCUCUGAGCACACUCAAGUUCUGCUCCCUGGCCCCGAGCUUCCAAUUCGUAGAACUGUAA